CAUCAAAUACAGGGUUAGAGAAUUUAUUUAAUCUAAGCGCAACAGUACUUUUAAAACAUGAGUACAUCGACAAGCUCAAAUUUUGUGCCAUUGGAGACGGCAGGUGAUAUUGCUGCAAGAAGAGAGGAUGUAUUGUCCCAGUACAAGGCAUUCAAAGAUGCAUUGGUCAUUAGAAGACAACAGUUGCAUGCUGUACUGCAGUUCCAAAAUUUUCAAAGAAAUGCGAAUGAACUGGAAAAAUGGAUUGCGGAAAAAAUGGUAAUUGCAACAGAAGACAACUGGAAAGAUUUGACAAACCUUGAGGCUCGAUUACAAAAACAUGCUGCUCUUGAAGCUGAGGUUUAUGCCAAUGCUGGUGCUUUGGAAAAACUGGAUGAUGCUGGAAAAACCAUGAUUGAAGAAAAUCAUUUUGCUCUUGAUGAUGUGAAGGAUCGUCUUGUAGAACUUCAUAAAUUAUGGGAUGAAUUACUUGCUGCUCUUGAUCUACGCGGUGUUCGUCUUCGUCAGAUGCGAGCUCUUGUGAUGUAUAUCCGACAAUGCGAUGAAGUUCUAUCAUGGAUAAAAGAUAAGGAAGCCGUUAUUGCUUCAAGUGAAAAAGGUAGAGAUGUUGAACAUGUCCAAAUGUUGCAGAGAAAAUUUGAUGAAAUUUCAGCUGAACUUGUGGCUCAGGGAGACAGAGUUCGAGAAGUCAAUGAAACUGCAGACAAAAUGGUUGAGGAAGAACAGCAUCCAGAAGCAGACACAAUUCGUGAAAAACAGGAAGAAGUUGCGAAAGCUUGGGAACAUCUCAAUGAUCUGGCAAAAGAAAGAAGUGAAAAUCUUGGAACUGCUGCUGCUGUACAAAAAUUCAAACGUGAAACUGAAGAAACUAUUGAAUGGAUGAAUGAGAAGGAAAAAAUUUUGUUAUCAAACGAUGUUGGACAUGAUGUCGCUUCUGUUCAAGCAUUGCAAAGAAAACAUGAAGUUGUUGAACGUGAUCUUGCGGCUCUUGAAGAGAAGGUUUCUGCUUUGAAAAAUACAGCAGACAGAUUGGAAAAAGAUCAUGAUGAUGUUUCUGUAACAAAGGAACGAGAAGCAAUUGAUGAGAAUUGGGAUCGUGUUACUGAUGCUGCUAAAAAGAGAAGGAAGAAUUUGGAAGAAAAUUAUAACUUGCAAAAAUUUCUUGCUGAAUGCAGAGAUUUCAUUCAAUGGAGUGAGGAUGUCGAAGAUAGAAUAUUAUCUGACGAUUUGGUCAAUGAUGUCUCGGGUGCUGAAGCUUUGUUGGAUAAACAUCAAGAACAUAAGGGUGAAAUCGGUGCUCACGAGGACAGUUACAACAGCACUGUUGCUUAUGGAGAACGUUUGAUUGCAGAAGGUCAUCCUGCAUCCGUCAUUGCUGCAAGAAAAAGGUCAGAUUCAUCAUCCUCAUCAUCGUCAUCUUCAUCAUCGUCAUCUUCUUCUUCAUCAGAGGAGGAAGGAGAGAUAAAACCUGAUCGAAAGACGGCUCUCAUUCCAGCAAGAUUAGAUGAAGUGAUUGCAAGAAGAGGUGAUUUGAUCCGUGUGUGGGAGGAACGUCGAUCAUUGUAUGAUCAAUGUCUUCAUCAUGCAUUGUAUAACCGUGAUGCUGAGAAUGCAGAAGCAUGGCUGACUGCUCAGGAAGCUCUUCUAACAGAACAAGAUCUUGGCGAUUCACUGGAUUCAGUUCAAGCUUUGUUGAGAAAACAUGAUGACAUGAUCAAAUCAGCUGCUGCUCAGGAAGAAAGAUUUGCUGUUGAUGAACAUGCAACUAAGCUUGUUGAAGCUGGUCACUAUGCUUCACAAGAUAUUGGAACUCGAAGAGAUGCUAUUCUGGCUAGACACGAAGUGUUGAAACGACUGAUUGAGGCGAGACAAACUGCUUUAUCUGAUUCCAACAAGCUACAAUCGUUUCAACGCGAUGUUCGUAACAUCAAAUCAUGGAUCGCUGAUAAAAGCAAAAUUGCUACUGAUGAAGCUCAUAAGGAUGCAACUAAUCUGGAAGGCAAAUUGGAACGUCAUAGAGUUUUUGAAGCUGAAAUAUUGGCGAAUGAAGGACGAGUUUUGAGAUGUUGUGAAGACGGAAAACAACUGGUGAAUGAUGGUCACUAUGCUUCUGAACAAAUUGAAAAGGACGCUGAUUUAGUAGAAGAAGAAUGGAAAGAACUUCUUGCUCAAUGCAAAAAUCGAGGUGAACUAUUGGAAGCUGCAUGUGCAGAACAAACAUUCAAUAGAUCAGUAGCUGAUUUACAUCGUUGGAUGGAUGAUGUUGACGUACAAUUAUCAUCUGAAGAUCUGGGAAAAGACGUCGAUUCUGUGGAAAAUUUAAUGAAACGUCAUCAAUUGUUGGAAGCUGAUAUUGCUGUUCAUAAGGAUGGAGUUGAUGGUAUAGAAUUACAAGCAAAUAAAUUUGUGGAUGAAGAUCAUUUCAAUGCUGAUUCUAUCAAAGAAAAACAAGAGGAUGUUUCUAAGAGAUACAAGAAUUUGGAGGAACCUUUGGUGAAAAAGAAGGAAAAGUUAGGAGAGUCAUCCGUGGGAAAACAACUUUUUCGAGAUAUUCAGGAUGAGAUGGAAUGGAUUCAAGAUAAACGACCACUGGUUACUGCUACCAGCUUAGGAAAAGAUUUGAUGAGUACACAUAACCUUGUGAAGAAGCAUUCUGCAUUGCAAUCUGAACUUGCUGCUCAUGAACCAAGAAUUCAGGCUGUUUCUGAUCAAGCUGAAAAAUUAGUGGAAGAAGGUCAUUUUGAAGCAGAAACAAUUGAUGCUAAACUACAUGCUCUCAAGCAAGCGUGGAAGGAAUUGAAAGAUGCUGCAGAGGAACGGAAAAAUGAUUUGGAGGAUGCUUUCGAGGCCCAACGAUAUCUUGCAGAUGCCAACGAAGCACAAAGCUGGAUGGAGGAGAAAGAAACCAUUAUUAGAUCAACUGACACUGGUGCUGAUGAAGAUUCUGCUGAUUCUCUUCUGAAGAAACACGAAACUAUCAUGUGUGAUGUAGAAGCUUAUUCCACCAUAAUAUCGGGUCUACAUGACCAAGCAAUUGCAUGCAAGCUUCAAAAUCCCUGGGCUAGUGAAGAUAAAGUUGAACGUGUCGUUGCUUUGCAAAAUUAUCAAGCAAAGUCUCCAAGAGAAAUAUCAAUGAAGAAGGGCGACAUCUUGACUCUUCUUUCUACUCAUAACAAAGAUUGGUGGAAAGUGGAAGGUGUAGACAGACAAGGUUUUGUACCAUCAUCUGCUGUUAAAUUAUUGGAUUCAGAAAAAGAUUCAAAACAACGUCAUUCAUCAUCUAGUUCUUCUAGCAGUGAAAGCGACCAGGAUGACGAUAAGAAAAAUGAAGAAGAAACAGACGGAGCUAAAGAAACUUCUGGACAUCCAAGCACAAUUAAGAAACGUCAAGAACAGAUUGAAGAACAGUACGAACGACUCAAAGCCGAUGGAAAAAAUCGAAAAGAAGCUUUAGAGAGGUCAUGCCGUAGACACGCACUUUUGAGAGAAUGUGAUGAGUUGCAGAAAUGGAUGGAAGAAAAACGAGCAGAGGCUGCAAAGCAAGAGAAGGAAUCGUUGGAGGAUGUCGAUGGACAACAACAGGAGGAUGACGAUGGUGGACUAGAAAUGGUGGAAAAACAACAAAAGAAAUUGGAUGAUUUUCAGAAGGAAUUGAAAGCGAAAGAGAAAAGAAUGGAAGAACUGAAUGCAGAAGCUCGUCAAUUAGAACAAGAUAGUUCUUCAUCUUCUGAAGAUGAGGAUGAAAGUAAUGAUCCUGAUAAAAUUGUCGCUACAAAAGUCAAGGGAUUGCAUUCAGCUAGAUCUGGACUACAGGAAGUGAGUAGUACAACCAAUGUACACUCCAGAUGGAAGACAACAAAAACAGUGGUAUGUGUAACAAGACGAUUGAUAUUUAUCAAGGACUUGAAUGAACAAUGGGCUGCACUGCAUGAUCUAGUUACCCAGAGAAAUGAAAGCCUGGGAUCAGCUCAUCAGGUUCAAAGAUUUUUCAGAGAUGCUGAUGAGACAAAGGAAUGGAUCGAUGAAAAAAGUCAGGCAUUGGAUAAUGAUAAUCUUGGAACUGAUUUACCUACUGUGCAGGCUCUUCAACGUAAACAUGAUGGUUUGGAACGUGAUCUUGCUGCACUUGGAGACAGAGUACAUUCUCUGGAUACGGAUGCUUCACGGUUGGUCGAGCAACAUCCCGACCAGAUGGAACCGAUUCAGAGCAAACGCAGCGAAAUCAAUCAAGCGUGGAAUGAUCUUAUCUCAAAAGCAGAUAAACGAAAACAUGCCCUGUCUGAUUCUUAUGAUCUGCAACGGUUCUUGGCUGACCGAAGAGAAUUACAGCGAUGGUUGCGUCAUAUGCAUGUACUUGUGUCAUCAGAUGAAGUUGCAGAUGACAUGGCUGCUGCUGAAGCUUUGCUGGAAAGACACCAAGAACAUAGAGCUGAAAUGGACGCCAGAGCACCAGCAUUCCAUGCACUUGAACGUCAGGCAGAUGCGUUAGUUCGAGCUGAACAUUAUGCAGCGAAAGAUGUUGAUGCUGCAGUACAAGAGACAUCAAGAGAUAGAGAGGAAUUGGAAAAAGCAUGGGCUGCUCGUCGUAUUUUACUGGAACAAUGUUCACAGUUCCAUUCCUUCUUGCGAGAUUGUGACAAUGCUGAAAAUUGGAUGCAAGCUAGAGAAGCUUUCCUGGCCAGUGAGGAAGCAGGAGAUUCCUUAGAUUCUGUGGAAUCUCUCAUAAAGAAACAUGAAGAUUUUGAUCGAGCUAUCGGACUACAAGAAGAAAAGAUGAAAUCUCUUCAAGGUUCUGCUGAAAAGCUACAAGAACAAGAUCCUCCACAUUAUGCUAACGAUGCAAUCAAACAAAAAGCAGAUGAAGUGCAGGAUAGAUGGCAAAAAUUGAAGGCUGCUCUUAUUGAGAAGAGAUCACGUCUCGGAGAAACCCAAACCUUACAACAAUUCAGUAGAGAUGCUGAUGAGUUGGAAGCAUGGAUGGCUGAAAAAUUACAAACGGCCACAGAUGAUAGUUACAAAGAUCCAACCAAUAUACAGGGGUCGUCAACUGAUUGGAGCAAACAUCAAAAACAUCAAGCUUUUGAGGCUGAAUUAGAUGCCAAUGAAGAUAGAGUUUCAUCAGUAAUAAACGUUGGAAGACAACUUAUCGAUUCACACCAAUGUGCUGGCUCUGAAGAUGCUGUUCAGGCACGAAUUGAAUCUCUUGCUGAGCAAUGGGACUAUCUUCGUGAAAAAUCUGCAGAGAAAGCUCUCAAGCUGAAAGAAGCAAAUCAACAGCAAAAUUUUAUAACGGCUGUUAAAAACAUUGAAUUCUGGAUGUCAGAGGUUGAGGCUGUUUUGGCUUCUGAAGAUGUCGGUAGAGAUGUUCCUUCUGUUAAAAAUCUUCUCUCUAAACAACAACUGGUUGAGGCCGAUGUUGCAGCUCAUGAAGAUCGUGUCAAAGAACUCACUGCGCAGGCCGAUGCAUUACUUGCAAACGCUAAAACAUCAGAUGCUUUGGAUCCGUCGACUGUAGAAGCCAAGAAAAAUGAGAUAAAUGACAGGUUUGCCAAUAUCAAAGAGUUAGCUCGUGCAAGACGUGCAAAACUUCAAGAAUCUCAACGUGUUCAUCAGUUUUUCAGAGAUGUUGCGGAUGAAGAGGCAUGGAUCAAUGAAAAGAAAUUACUAGUCGGAAGUGAAGAUUGUGGCAGAGAUCUGAUCAGUGUAAAUAACCUGAGAAAACGCCACAAACGUAUCGAGGCAGAUAUUGUGACACACGAAGCUAAUAUUGAGCGAUUGAGGGAAACUGGUGAACAGCUGGCAAAAGAUAUUGAUCCUCAUGAUGAGAUUGAAAAAAGAGUUGAAGAUUUGAAUGAAAAUUGGGACAAAUUGAAAGAACUGGCUGGCCAUAGAAGAACCAGGCUAGAACAAGCUCGUGCUUUUCAACAAUUCCGUACUGAUUCUGAUGAAGAGACAAGUUGGAUGAAUGAAAAACUGGGUGUCUUGGCUGCACCGGAGUCUCCUGCUACACUUGCAGCUGCACAGAGCUUAUUGAAAAAACAUGAAGCAUUGGAAACUGAUUUUGCUGUUCAUCAGGAUCGUAUUGCUGAUGUGAAAAAACAAGGACUUCAAUUGAUUGAACAGGAAAAUCCUGAAAAAGAUGAGAUCAAAAAGAAUUUAAGUGACUUGGAAGAAAAACAAAGAAAACUGGAAGAAGCAGCAAUGGAAAGAAGAUCAAAACUUCAAGACACUUGUGCUUUCUUACAAUUCAAUUGGAAGGCCGACUUAGUUGAAGUGUGGAUUGGAGAAAAAGAAAAAGUUGUGAAGUCUGGCGAUUUUGGACAAAAUUUGUCUUCUGUUCAGGGAUUGUUGACCAAGCAGGAAACAUUCGAUGCCGGUCUUGCUGCUUUCGAACAAGAAGGUAUAGUCAACAUAACUGCUCUCAAAGAUCAACUCGUCGCUGCUGAAAAUGUUCAAUCUGAUGAUCUGGAGAAAAGACACGAUGCACUCAUGAAACGGUGGGAAGCCUUAAAGGCAGCAUCUGCGGAAAGAAAAUCACAGCUAUUAGAAGCUCAGCAAAAACUUAGAGGUGUAGACGAUCUGUUCUUGAAAUUUGCGAAGAAAGCUUCACUUUUCAAUUCCUGGUUUGAAAACGUUGAGGAAGAUUUAACUGAUUCAGUCCGAUGCAGUUAUAUUGAAGAAAUCGAGGAGCUAAUGGAGAAACAAAAUCAGUUUAAAAAGUCUCUUGACACUGCAGAAGCUGAGCUGAAAAGUCUACAAGAAUUGGAUGACGAGUUAUCGGAUUUGACUGGAACCAGACCACCCCCCAACCCCUACACUUGGUUUACUGCUGAAGCAUUAGUCGGAAUGUGGAAAGACGUACAGCGUCUUGCGAAUGAAAGAGAUGGAGAUUUAGAAAAAGAGAGAUUAAGACAAGAAGAAAAUGAAAAAUUGAGAAAACAAUUUGCUGUCAAGGCAAAUGCUUUCCACAAAUGGCUGACUGAAACAAGGAUGCAAUUGUUGGAUGGAGCAAGCAUGGUUGAAGAAUCUGGUACUCUGGAAUCUCAACUUGAGGCUACAAAGAAAAAAUCACAAGAAGUGAGAGAAUCUAAGACUCAAUUGGAUGAAGUUGAACUAGUUGGAGCAUCGUUGGAAAAGGCUUUGAUUCUCGAUAAUAAACACACAGAACAUUCUAGUCUUGGUCUUGCUCAACAAUGGGAUCAAUUGGAUCAACUUGGAAUGAGAAUGCAGCAUAAUCUGGAACAGCAAAUACAGGCCAGAAACAUGACCGGAGUAAGUGAGGAAACUUUGAAGGAAAUUUCCAUGAUGUUCAAGCAUUUCGACAAAGAUAAAACAGGAAAGUUGGAACAUCACGAGUUCAAAUCUUGUCUUCGAUCUCUGGGUUACGAUCUUCCGAUGGUUGAAGAAGGAGAAGAAGAUCCAGAGUUUCAAGCUAUAUUGGAUACUGUUGAUCCAAACAGGGAUGGUGUGGUUUCUCUGCAGGAAUACAUGGCUUUCAUGAUAAGUCGAGAAACUGAAAAUGUGAAAUCACUGGAAGAAGUUGAAAGUGCUUUCUCUGCUCUUAGUGCAGAAGGAAAACCAUAUGUUACAAGAAAUGAGUUGUAUCAGAAUCUGUCAUCAGAACAAGCGGAAUACUGCAUCCGACAUAUGCCUCCAUAUCACGAUUCUCAUGGAGUACAAGUGCUUGAUGCGUACGAUUAUGUCGCAUUUACCAGAGAGUUGUUCAUGAAUUAAUAAUACUAAUGUAGUUGUAGCUUAAAUGUUGAUUUACUAAUCCAAAUAGUCAGUAAUUGACCGAAAUGCCCUUAUUGCGUAACUAAAAAGGAGUUUGUAAUUGUGGUGGACACGGAACUUUUACAAUUUAAUUUUAAAAUCUGUUUAUGAUAAUAUGUAUGUCCAAAAUCACAGCUUUUGGAAUAAUAACCUCUGGUAUUGGGUUAUUCAAUAUUGAGUUAUGGAUUUCAUCAAUGAAACAGGCUCGACAGCAAUUUAUUGCAUAUUGCAAGGUACCAUGUUUUUCUUGCAAGAAUCAUUCAACAAGUAUUGUAAUUCUACCCCCUUGGUUUUUACCAAUAUUUUUCAUGUUACUGAGAAGAAUUUUGCUCACCUUUAAAAAUAUAAAUUCGAUUGAGUGUACGGUAAUUCUUUAAAAAUUGUCUUCAUCUUAUCCAAUAUUGUGGCAUUGUUAUAUUUUAUGGUGAAUUUCUGACUUUUUGUAGUGUUCAAUCAAUUAUAACUAGUUGAUGUAUCGUUCGUUGGAAAUUACUUCUAUCUAAAUCUACAUCCAUAUGCCCGCAGUUUGAUUUUUUGGUAUUUCAUCCUCUCAACAAAAUCAACAACAAAUAUGUGUUCAAAGUAAUUUCGUAACAUUUGGUAUCAUAUUUCCAUACACAUUUGCCAUGUUUCACUU